AUAAUGUUACAGAGGAAAAAGUCCUUUUUGUAUGUUUGGUUGGUAAUUCGAAUGGUGUAUGCUGUGAGCCCCACCAGAAACUUCUCUGUCUCUACCUAAAAUAGCGAAACUGAUUCUAAAUCCAGCAGAUUUAACCGACCAUUAUCCCGGAUGUUGUUUUCAAAGGGCCACACUUUUUGAAAUGGAAAAAGUUGGACUCAGGGAACCUUUGGUUUCAUUAGGGUUCUUCUGAGUUCCAACACCUUUCCUUUCAAACAUUAUUGUUAUAUGACUUCUACCUGAUCCACUCAUAAACACACAGGGGCUCCUCUUGCUUCAUCUUUCUUUCUGUCACGUAACAAAAAUUCCUCCCCGUUUUUGUAUCAGAAAAAAGAUAUAAUUUUUAUUCGGUUUAGCAUACAAAUUCGAUCUCAUUGCAAUCUGUGUUGCAGAAACGAUCUAAAGAAAAUGACUGGCGUCAAGAAGGUGAAUUCUCCAAGGGGAGAGGUUGGAGAAAUCGACACACGGGCACCAUUCCAAUCUGUGAAAGCUGCUGUUAGUUUAUUCGGUGAGGUAGCCAUUCCAAGGGACAGAUUUUCUAUCAAGAGAAGAUCAUCGGAGAAUGUGUUUGAAAAGGAGACGCAGCUUAUCUUGGCCCAGAAGGAACUAGACAAGGUGAAGAAACAUGUGGAUAAUGCUGAAGCCGUGAAAGCCAAAGCACUUUCUGAUCUUGAGAGCGCCAAGGAGAUACUUCAGAUUUUGACAACCAGGCUUGCCUACGUAAGAGAAUCCAAGCAAUCUGCAAUGGAAGCUGCUGAAGCCGUGAAAAGCCAGACCAAGCGAUUUGAGAAGACGCUAUCUCUAAAAGCCGUGGGAUAUGAAGCCUGGAAAAGAGAACUAGAUCAUGCAAGAAAGGAGUACAUCACCACUAUAAAUGAAUUGGAUUCUUCCAAGCAAGAACUCACAAAGAUAAAGCAGGAUUUUGAUGCGGUUAUGGGGGCAAAGCUGGCAGCGUUGCAAGCAGCAGGAGAGGCUCAACGUUCGGCAAAAUUAAACUCAGAAAGAAUCAGUGAACUCUCGAAUGAAAUUGCGACCAUGAAAGCGUCGAUUGAACAAUUGAAAUUGGCGGCUGAACAAUCCCAUGAAGAAAGGGAAGCCCAACUUAUGAGUUACUACACAAAUGCGAAGGAAGAAGUACAAAAGAAUUUGGAGUCCUUGAAGAAAGAAUAUGAUCCAGAACUUGUGGAAAAUCUAGAUGCCAAACUUGCUGAAACGAGUGCUGAGAUUGAGGCUCUUCAAGAACAUAUUAAGAAGCUGCAUGCUGCUAAGAUGGACUCUGUGAGGCUUCUGACUUCAGAGCUCAAAGAAGCCACAAAGACACUCCAGGACAUUGCCGAAGAAAAGAACUCCCUUAACAAACUGGUGUUUUUCCUCAGAAUGGAAUUGAAGCAAGUGAGGAGUGAACAAGAUGGAGUGAAGGAGAAGGAACAUGCAGCGGGAGUUCUCGCUGCAAACCUCACUGAUGAACUGCAAGGGAGAAUGGGAGAGGCAAAACCUGCACCAAGCACUGUAGAGGAGUUAGAAGCUGAUAUCUUCUAUGUACAGAGUAAGAAAAUUCAGAAGCUACAAUCGGAGACGGAAGGUGCAAGAAGAGAAGCUGAAGAGAUGAGGAGAAAAGCUCAAGAGCUGAAGGUAGAAGCUGAAAAGUCCCGGGCAGUGGCUGAAGAAGCAGAGCAAAGACUUGAGCUAGUUCUGGUGGAGGCUAGAGAGGCAAAAGCUGCACAACAAAGAGCCGUUAAGGAGAUCAAGAUUUUAUCUGAAGUUAGUAAAGUUCCGAGCUCAAAAUUCAGUGGUAAGAUCAAGAUUCCAAAUGAAGAGUUUGAGGCAAUGAGAACAAAGGCCAAGGAGUGUGAGGCUUUGGUUGAAAAGAAAGAGGAAAAUGCGAUGGAAGAGCUUCACCAAAUCUAUGCAAGAAAGAAUGAAGUGGACAGAAAGGUGGAAACUAAUGUAAAAGCCAUUGAAGACACAAAGGCUGCUACAGAGGCGGCCCUGUGGAGUGCAGAGUUGGCAGAAUCAUCUAAGGUGGCAAUUGAGACUGAACUGAAGAGAUCGCGUCAACAACAACAACAACAACAAAAAGUUGUAUCCGAUGAUGCUUCUCAGAAAUUGGAGCAUUCUUUAACACCAGUCUCUUUGACCACAGAAUAGAAGUCAAAAUCUUGGACAAGUAGAUGGGAAAGGAAGUAACUUCGUUAUUGUGUUGCCUUUCUAGUUAUAUCUCGGAAGAUGGGCCAUCACUUAUGUAUUAUCAACUAUUCAGUACGCCGGAAACUGCGUAGAUGUCUCCAUCUUCCGAAGAGAAAUUGGAUGUGCAAAUGCAAUUUCUUACUGUUUUAUUUUUCUGGUCCUUAGGGCCCUUAAUAAACAGCUUUGUGGCUCCUAUACAUUCCAAGGAAAAACUAAGAAGCUUUUCUUUAUGCA